AUGAAUAAUAUAAAAUUAUCAUCAGACGAUUUAAAAACUAUUAUGGAAAAAAUGAAUAGAUUGGAAGAUCUAUUAAAAACCAUUGAAAGCGCUGUAUGGUUCGAAGAAAAGCUUGUGGAAGAAGCAGAAAAAAAUUUAAACGAGAUGAAAAAAAAUGCCAUCAAGAAAAGUCUCGUAAAUAUGGUAAGAUUUUCUGAUGACACUUUUAAAUAUGUCGAAACAAAUUGGUAUGAUAAAAGGAUGAAGAAAAGUUAUGGUUCCAGAGUUUUAGAAAAUGCUUUGAGAAGAUUAUAA